GUCUCCGUCCAGAGGUGGAAACUUGACUCCGACUGCUUUUGUCCCAACUUUUCUCCGCUGCGACUUUCUGGAUGUUUUAGCAGGAAAAGCAGACUCAAAGCGGGAUCGCCGGGGCGGCAGGACGCACACCGGGAGUCCGGACUGGUCGGGACCCCCCUGCUCUGUGUGUGUGUGUGUGUGUGUGAGACCCCCUCCAGCUGGCCCACCGGCCCCUCUGCGCUCAGCAGGCCGCCUCGCAGCGCUCCUCUCCCGGCCUCGGGCCCGUCGCGCCCCGCUCCGCCGUGUCGGAGGACAAAGUGAAAAGAGGACACAAAGAGACGGAAAAGAGACGGGAUGAAGGGAUGAGAGAGGACUGGAGUCAGACGGAGACAGUCAGAGGACCGGGGGGACUUCUCUCUUCUUUUUGAACUUUUCCAGCUUUGGGGCGUCCAUCUUGGGAUUUUAUCUGCGAUGUGAAGGCGUUUUGUCCUCCCGCGCUCGACGGAUUAAUUCCUGAUUUAACAUCCUGAACUGAAGUCCGUCUGUGGGGGUUUUGGGCUCCAAUGAGGCGCGCACGGCCGGCGGAGAGCGAGCCCAGCUGACGGUCAGUGAUCAGGGAUCGAUACGUCUGAUCGGCUCUGGCCCGGCGGAUCACGGUUCGGGUCUGAUCGGGUCUGGAUCUGGUUGUUCCGGUAUGGAGGCUCGGGUGGGGCUGCGGGCAGCUGCGGCCCCGGGACGGUCGUCCCCCCGCGGGCUGAAGCUGCUCCUCCUCCCGCUGCUGCUGCUGAGCCGCUGCAGGGCCGACGAAGAGGUGCUGAUGAACACCAAGUUGGAAACAUCUGACCUGCGCUGGACCAACCAUCCUGCUGAUGAUCCCCGGUGGGAGGAAGUGAGCGGAUUGGACGACGAGGCCAACAGCGUGCGGACCUAUCAGAUCUGCACUCUGGACAGUCCGUCCUCCUAUUGGCUGAGGACACGCUGGAUCCCCCGGGGGGCGGCGACCACCCUCUACGCUGAAAUCCGGUUCUCCAUGAUGGACUGUUCCGGUCUGAACCGGCGUCACUGUAAAGAAACCUUCAACCUUUAUUACUACCCGUCUGACAGCGACGACGCCACGCCGACUCACCCGUCCUGGAUGGAGAACCCGUACACCAAAGUGGCCACGGUGGCGGCCGACCACCUGCUGCGGCCUGGCGGCGAGAAGCGCUCCAACGUCAAGCUGCUGCGCCUGGAGCGUCUGGGGGGGGCGGGGCUCUACCUGGCCUUCCAGAGCCAGGGCGCCUGCAUGGCGCUGCUCUCCGUACGCGUCUUCUACAGGAAAUGUCCGCCCCUCCGCCGUGCCUUCGCCUCCUUCCCUGAAACCGUCCCCCACUCGCUGGUGGAGCAGGCUCAGGGCGUGUGUGUGGAGAACGCUGUGACUCCACCCGGCGAGCAGUCGCGACCACCCAGCAUGCUUUGCGGCGAGGACGGGCAGUGGGUGGGGCAGCCAACAUCCAGCUGCGCCUGUCGCCCCGGAUACGAGGCGGGUGAAACUGACGUGCGCUGUCAAGCCUGUCCGGCGGGUCACUUCAAGGCAGGGUCAGGACCAGCUGGGUGUGAACCCUGUCCAGCCUACAGCAGCACACCAGUCCCGGGCUCCGCCACCUGCUUGUGUCGUCCUGGUUACCAUCGAGCCGACUCCGACCCACCGCACGCCGCCUGCACCCGUCCCCCCUCGGCUCCCCGCUCCAUCGUGAGCCAGAUCAACGACACCUCGGUGACCCUGGAGUGGAGCGAGCCGCUGGAACGAGGAGGACGGGGAGACCUGACCUACAGAGUCCUGUGCUCCGUCUGCGGGACCACCACCUCCAGGGGAUUGGUCCGUUCCUGUUCUCCGUGUGAUGACAGCGUCAUAUACCGGCCAGGGCAGCGCGGGCUGACUCAGCGCCGUGUCAUCGUCUGGGGACUCCGCCCACACACCAAGUACACCUUCACCGUCCAAUCAGUGAACGGCGUCUCUGCUAUCAGCCAAUCAGAACCGGCCGCUGACAGAAUUAACGUCACCACCAGCAGAGACGUUCUUCCUCCAGUAUCCGGCCUGAGGAGGUCGGCGGCCUCAGAGACCAGUCUGACUUUAGAGUGGAACCCUCCAGUUGUACAGAACCAGUACCAGAUCCUGGACUACCAGCUCCGCUACAACCCCAAGGAUGGCGAGGAAGCGGGUCAGUGGCAGUACGUGUCCAGCAGGUCUUCUUCUGUGGUGCUGACGGGGCUGCAGCGGGCGGUCCAGUAUCAGGUGCAGGUCCGCGCUCGCUCCCAGGCCGGAUACGGAUCAUUCAGCACGGCGAGCGUCUUCAACACACUGCCUGAAGGUGUUGCUAACUCUCAGCUGGUGCUGACAGGAGUUCUCGUCUCCAUGACGAUCGUGCUGCUCGUCGCCGUCGUGAUCAUCGCUGUGUGUUGUUACCGCAGGAGGACGAGGGACGUGGACAUGAAUGAUAAGAGUGGACAUUACCAGAUGGGGCAGACGAUGAAGGUGUACAUCGACCCGUUCACCUACGAGGACCCCAACGAGGCCGUGAGGGAGUUCGCCAAGGAGAUUGAGGCGUCCUUCGUGAAGAUCGAGGAGGUGAUCGGAGCAGGUGAGUUUGGCGAGGUGUGUCGUGGACGGCUCAGGAUCCCAGGCCGGAAGGAGAACUACGUGGCCAUUAAAACGCUGAAGGGCGGCUACACAGAGAAGCAGAGGCGGGACUUCCUGUCAGAGGCGUCCAUCAUGGGUCAGUUCCAGCACCCCAACAUCAUCCACCUGGAGGGCGUCAUCACCACUUCCUGUCCGGUCAUGAUCCUCACCGAGUUCAUGGAGAACGGAGCUCUCGACAGCUUCCUGAGGAUGAACGACGGUCAGUUCACCACCAUCCAGCUGGUGGGGAUGCUGCGUGGGAUUGCGGCGGGGAUGAAGUAUCUGUCCGACAUGAGCUUCGUCCACAGGGACCUGGCAGCUCGGAACAUCCUGGUCAACUCCAACCUGGUCUGUAAGGUGUCAGACUUUGGCCUCAGCAGGUUCCUGACUGAAAACUCUUCUGAUCCGACGUACACCAGCUCUCUGGGAGGGAAGAUUCCAAUCCGGUGGACGGCUCCCGAGGCCAUCGCCUACAGGAAGUUCACGUCGGCCAGCGACGCGUGGAGUUACGGGAUCGUCAUGUGGGAAGUGAUGUCAUAUGGAGAAAGACCAUACUGGGACAUGAGCAACCAGGAUGUGAUUAACGCCAUCGAGCAGGACUACCGCCUGCCGCCGCCGCCCGACUGUCCCUCCUCUCUGCACGCACUCAUGCUGGACUGCUGGCAGAAGGAACGAGCCAAUCGGCCGAGGUUCUGCGACGUAGUGGCGUCACUCGAUAGGCUGAUCCGAAACCCCGCCUCCCUGAAGGUGACACACCCAGAGGGACCGAGCCCGUCCCAGCCUCUGUUGGACCAGCGCGUCCCCCCUCCUCUCUCAGCCUGUGGCUCGGUCUCCGAGUGGCUCCGAGCCAUAAAGAUGGAGCGAUACGAGCAGAGCUUCCUGCAGAACGGAUUCACCAGCCUGGACAUCGUCUCACAGCUCAACACCGAAGACCUGCUCAGGGUGGGCGUCACCCUCGCCGGCCACCAAAAGAAAAUGCUCUCCUCCAUCCAGACGCUCAGGGUACACAAAGCUCCGCCCACCCUUCUCUACUGACCAAUCACAGCCCUGCUCUGCCGUACUGCUCUCAGGUGCUGCCCACUGCUCACACUGAUCCAACCUGUGUGAGAAAGCAACGCCCCCUGGAGGACUGACCAAUCAGAGGCGCUGGCUGAAGCGGAGCUGUGACACAAGCACAAGAAACUCAGUGUUAGAUUCAGGUGCAACAGACCUCUGACCAAUGAGAAACAAGGAGCACCUGGCUGGUCACACCUCACCAAAGUACAGCAAACAUCUCCCACUCAGGAAAAGCAGAGCUCCUCCUGCUCUGGUCAGGUAGACUUAAAUCCCGUCCUGAACCCCAGAUUGAGCAGCCAGUCAGCGAGGACGCCGGAAGACGUCCCUCACAGACGCUCUGACUGGACGUAGACGUGCCCCCUUUGGCCAAGCUGUUCAAUAAGCCCCGCCCACUACAUGGAGGCACAGCUGGGAUUGGAUCCCAGCAGACUGGACUGAACUCUGAUGUUUAGAUCUCACCGGUGUAGAAACUAAACCCGUUACAGGAUCAGCUGAUGGUCACAACUGAAUCUGAUGCCACUAAAGUCCGGACUGAAGGGACUUCUGUAAGCCAGCGCUGACGGACUCUCUUCAUCCUCCGUCAGGAAUCUUCUGGGAUUUUACUAAAGCGUUUCUGAGGAAUCCUUCAGGACGUUUUACAGAGUGAUGGAAUAAUUCACCAGACCUGCAGCCUGACUGGUUGAUCAUCUGCAUCGUCACGGCAACACGAGGACGUCCUGAAGGGGUUCGUUGUGUGACGCGUGGACUCUUCAUCGCCGUGAGGAAUAUUCUGGGAUGUUUGUGCCACACUUUGAAAACAAAGUGCUCCGCCUCCUCAGGUGAAGAACCCGUGGAGACCUUCAGGAGGACUUUCAGGACUGUGAGACCUGAUGGCGGCUUUGCAGUAGUUAAAGUAGUCGAGUGGAUUUUAUUGAUCCACUGAGGGAUCAGCUGAUUUAAUACCAAACACUAAAGACUCCAGACUUGAAGUUUUGAUAUAAAAUCUGCAGUUUGUGGCGGUGAUCCACGACAUGAAGGGGGGCAAAGCACAGCCGGUUUAUGGUUUACUGCCAGUUUUUACACUGCAGACAGAAACUUUUGUUCCCACAGACAAAACACAUUUCAGCUGAUUUUACACCAAACCAAAUCACUUUUCAAAGCUGUGUGAGUGUGGGGAGGACGGAUGAGACGGACCGACAUGUUGGACACGUUGGGUUGUAGAUCUGUGGGUGGGUUUGUAUUUUAGCACUUUUUGUAGCUGAUUGAUUGUGAUUUGAUUUGACGAGCAGGAGAUCAAAGUUUUUAUACUAAACUGACAUUAAAGAAAUGUUUUAAAGAA